AUGGGAAACAGACACCCUAAUUCUCCAAUGAUGAGAAUGAAACGUCAUGAGUACGAAGAUGAACUUCCAGAAGAGGUGAUCAGGGAAAUCUUGUUGAGGCUUUCAGUGAGGGUCCUCCUACGACUGAGGAGCGUGUGCCGUUCAUGGAACUCCCUAAUCUGCAGCCAUGAAUUCGCCAUGAUCCACGUUCAACACUCAACCCUAACUCAGCGGCCGCCAUUGCUGUGUUGGGAGGAGGGAUCAGGACGGAAAGAUGACAUCAUGCAUUGCUCUUCACAAUCUCUUAUUCUUUAUCGCCAGCAGACAACAUUCGUGUCGUAUCCAGCUCCCGGAAAAUUCAUCAGGGGAUCUUGCAACGGAUUGCUCUGUCUGUCUCAAGGUUUUCCCUAUAAAACUCUUACUCUUUUCAAUCCCAGUAUCCGUUCGGUAUCCCCAUCCGUUCCAUUCGGGUGCUCCCACGAGUGCGGAAAUUUUGUUUAUGGUGGCUUUGGCUAUGAUAUUCUACAUGACCAGUACAAGUUUGUUAUGGGUUGUGGUGCCUCGUCUCUUAUAACUGAUUCCAAAGUGAGAUCUGGAGCUGUAGUUUUCACUUUUGGUGCAAAUCCUUGUUGGAAAACUGUUGAUCAUCCCGUGUUUCCGUAUCACGUAGCUGACAACGGAUAUGGAAUAUUUGUGAGCGGCACUCUGAAUUGGCUUGUGUAUGAUUCUACUAGUACUAGAAAUUAUAAAACUGAGUGGUUCGUUCUUACUUUCGACUUGAAAACAGAGUCGUUUGGUCGAAUGUGUCUGCCUAUUGUUUCAAGGUGCUCUGACUACACCCAAGUGCCUCAGUUGUCACUCCACAAUAACUGUCUUUGUUAUUCUGUUUACACAACGUGUACACUGUUUUGCACAUUCUGGAUAAUGAAGGAGCAUGGAGUUAAAGAGUCUUGGAUUAAAUGGUUGGCAAUCCCAUUUACUACUUUAAUCUCACCAUAUGUUUCGGUAGCACCCCUGUAUGUCUCAGAAGAUCAUAAUCUUUUGGCACUGGAUAAAUCUAAUGACAGUUUAUUUGUGUAUAAUUUACGUCAAAACACACUACUUUAUCUUUACGGCUAUUUUCCUUAUCGGAUGUCUUUCUUCCUUUGCCAUGAGAGCUUGGUCUCACCUUCACAUUAUUGUGGUCUUAAAACUAUUGAUUAG